UGUCCGGAGACUUAACAAAAACACCUCGCACCCAGACUCAAUACCAGAUCCUAAAUUCCAGAUUCCAAGCUCCCAACGACUAAAAGAUGGCAGAAGGCUUCAAGAAGUACUUCAAUGGGACAACCAUCAAUGGGCGUGCUAACGUGGCUAAGGCCACGUACGCCACAGUGGCCCUGCUCUUUAUCCUUUACCGGAUGCGCCGUGGAUCUGGAAAGUCAAGCGAAUUGGGCAACGGCAAGUGCAGCUGCGAUGCGGACCAGAAUCCGUCAGUCAAUAGUGAUAUUGGCGUCUAUGAAGUGGACCCCGAUUGCUCCACCUGUCGGGAACGAGCUGAGCGAGCGAUGACCGAGUACGAUCGCGAGCAGCAACGACGGUCGGCUGCCCAAGAUGAUGAGGGCUGCCGCGACGAUCCCCCGCCGCCACCUUCGCCACCCGCAACCGGUGGAGCUGGGUCUGCUCCGCGUCGCAAGUGUCCUUGCGAGGAGCGUCCGCGACGAACUGAAGGAGCCGUGAAGCAUAGCAGCCACAUUAGCAGGGCGCGAAGAGAGCAUAUGCAGCCGCCCCAACAGUACCACCAGUACAUGCAGAACGAGGCGGAUCAUGUGCGUCCGGUCAGUCAAGUGAUGGGUCAAGUGCACGACGCCUUUUAUCGGGUUCUGCGAGGUGUCGUUGGGGCUGUGCUAGGUAACGCAGCGGUCAGCACUAGCGGUACCGCCGCCGAUGUUCCGGCUCAGACAGUUCGAGUCUCUACCGAUGAGCUAGAAGAGGACGAGCGCGACGACGGCCAGGAUUACGAGAACAGCGAAGAGUCGCCGUUGAAACGCCGCACCACUCCGCGCUCCUUUGCAGCCUCUGGAAGUAGUCAGGAAAACGCCUCGGGGCAGCCGGAGGAACAGGCUAGUGUCAAGCCGGAGGAACGGGCGGAAUAUAGCGCCUUUAGCGAUGGCUUUGCCUCCGGCCUGUACUUCACCAGCGACAAGAAGUAAGCGGCGAGCGACUAAGAUAUCCUCACAAGGCCCAGACUUUUUGGAAUCUGCAAAAUUUUAAGUUUUAAAUAAAAACGAAGAAAAAGAUAAACCAUAAUUAUCCUUAAU